UUGCAAGCUGUACUGCACCACUCGCAGUAAUAAGAAAGAAGAAGAAGAAAAUUGUAGCUCUUUUUGGUGCAUCGAUCCGGGAUUGCAGUUGGUAUAUUGGUAUACAUGGCCUUCGGUCGCGUCUCGAGUUGAUGAGCCAGGAAGGACGCCAGGGGGCUUUACGUCGAGCUUGCGAGAGGGACAGAGGACCAGUUGCACUGUUGUACACCUCAUAUAGUUUUUCAAUCGUAACAACUUCAGAACGAUGCGGGGACAGCGGGUAUUACCGUUGCUGCUAGUGCUGUUAUUGGCCGGUGUUGCGUUGCCUACGGUAGUCCUACCGAGGCCGCCGUCCUCGCCUAACCGCAUACCGCGUGCCUACAGCCAGGACAACCAUAGGUCCAAGGACUACGUCGAAAAGGCCGUCUACCAACAACAGAGCACCAACGUAGAAAAACCCGAUACCCAGGACUACAGAUUCGUCGAGAUCGAGUUGCGCGACGGGGACAACGUCGGGUCCCUGGACCUGCCCGGUCUGGUACGGGCGGUCCUCGACAAUCACCCGCGCCGGCACCUCUACCAGGCACCCCUGCCUCCCCCGGGCCAGCAGCGCCGCUUCGAGCUCACCCCCGAGGACGAGCCCCGCAACCUGACUUAUCCCCAGCCCGAGGUCGUCCCUCGCUCGAUCCUGGGCGUGCGCGACGUCGGCCUCGGCCAGCGCGUCUUCGAGCCGUUCGACCCGUCGCGGCAACAGCAGCAGCGCCGCCUGAUCCAGCCGAGAAAGGACCUCGGGAACGAGAAGCUCUACUACCUGAAGAGCAGCCGGCCCAAGGUCUACGUCAACUUCCGCGGCCGGACGGGCAACUUUCGGCAGGAUGGGUCCGACUCGCGCGCCGCCGUCAGGCUCGAGCCUGGGGCCUCCCUCCGCGCUACGCAGCCCUACCGCGAGCUUGACGUGAGGAAGCCCAAGUCGGCCAAGCGCCCGCCAAAAAAGUACGAUCCGAGCAUCCACGGGGGAGGUACGGCCAACUCGAGGACGUCGUCCGCGACGACGACGGAAAACACGAUGGUCACGUCGAGCGAGCUGCCGAAGCAGAUACCCGCACCCCCGAGCAGGUUACCCUCGCCCUCGCCCCUCGUCCACACGACGCCCGUACAGAGAUUCACCGCUCGCCGGACGGACGUGUUGAUGCGUUUCGUCGAGCCUUGAUUCGUUCAUUCGUACGACUUUAUUGGUAAUAUCGAGCCGGUCUCAAUUUGUAAGGACGAAACCGUCUCCCUAGGUGGAUUCGACCAAAUUGGUGCAGUUGGGUGUGCUUUUUUUCCCCCCUGUAAAUAGAGCUUUAAGCACAUUGUCCAAAUUUUUUUACAGAGUAGUUUUAAGUACGAACGAAAGUAAAUCGAAUCGAGUACUUAUAGAAGACACGGA